AUUUCUCUCUGGUCUCCAGCAUCUUUUGAAAUGUUGGGUUUUCCAUGGAGACUAAAAAUUAUUAGCACAAAAAUCAAGAUAAUAUUUUAAAUAAUUCAGACAUAAAUUUUCGAUUAAAAAUAAAAUAAAGUGUAAAUUAGGUUUCGACCAGAGUAAUAUUCCUCCUAUUUGGUGCUCUUCAAGUAAGAAAUUCUCAGUGUUUUUGGUAUCUAAUCCGGGAACUGAUUUCAUUUGGAGGAGAAAUCAUCUGAAGUUCUUUUUCUUUUAUCGCAAUUUGGUACAGGGAUACUCUGAAUUUGGGUUGAUUGAGCCAUUUUGGAGUUUUGGAGGUGAAAUUUUGGUGGUGGUAUAAGUUACUGAUGUUGUGUUUUUCGGGCUCUCGGAUUGGUGUUCAUUAUGGUGUUUCAAGUUGUUCUACUUAAGGAUUUCAAUAAUUUUACAGGAUGAGCUCUCCAACAACUCAGUUCGCAACUUCUGGAAAUAUGGGUAUAUAUCAACAAUCUCACCAGGUUAAUAUGUGGGGGAAUCCAUUUAGGGCUGAUACAAGUCCAAAUACAUGUGUGUCAGCAGUUUUGGAGGACGAUGGUAAACUUGAUAACAAGUCUGAGGAUAAUUCUAAUGGAACAAUAGGAUCUUCGAAAAAGUAUGAUCAGGAAGCAAGCAAACCAGUUGAGAAGGUGCUAAGACGGCUUGCACAAAAUCGUGAGGCUGCACGAAAAAGUCGGUUGCGGAAAAAGGCCUAUGUUCAACAAUUGGAAACUAGUCGGUUGAAGUUGACCCAAAUAGAACAGGAGCUUGGCAGAGCUAGACAACAGGGUGCAUAUGUAGGUGGUGUAGAUACUAGUAAUCUAGGGUUGUCAGGAACUGUAAACUCAGGGGUUGCUGCUUUUGAAAUGGAGUAUGGACACUGGGUUGAAGAACAAAAUCGGCGGACUUCUGAAUUAAGAAACGCUCUGCAAGCUUCAGUAAGUGAUAUAGAACUGCGCAUGCUUGUUGAAAACGGCAUGAACCACUACUAUGAACUUUUCCGCAUGAAAGGUGCUGUUGCAAAGUCAGAUGUCUUCUACUUGAUGUCUGGCAUGUGGAAAACGUCUGCUGAACGUUUUUUUCUUUGGAUUGGAGGAUUCCGUCCGUCAGAACUUCUGAAGGUUCUCAAACCACAUAUAGAACCACUGUCGGACCAACAACUUUUAGAGGUAUAUAACCUGCAACAUUCAUCUCAACAAGCUGAAGACGCUCUUUCUCAAGGGAUGGAUAAACUUCAGAACUCUCUUUCUCUAGCACUUGCAGCCAAUUCGUUGCCUGAAGGAAACUAUGUGUCUAAUAUGUCUGCUGCGAUGGUCGAGUUGCAAGCUCUUGUGAGCUUUGUGGACCAGGCAGACCAUCUCCGACAACAAACUCUGCAACAGAUGUCCCGAAUCCUAACAACCCGUCAAGCUGCUCGAGGUUUACUUGCAUUAGGCGACUAUUUCCAGCGUCUUCGUGCCCUAAGCUCUCUAUGGGCUGCCCGCCCUCGAGAAGCAUCCUAACGGUAAAACCGUAAGAUUUCUGCUGAGACUAUAAUCUAGCUCGGCAAUGCUGUUAGAUUUUUCUCAUCAUAGAUUCAGAUCCUCGUUAUUAUAGUGUUACCAUUAUUCUUAGCAUCCAUUAUCAGACGAAACUGCUAAACAUAAAACAAAAAUGGAUCCCAGAUUAGAAGGAAUGAAGCUGUAAAUAUGAAAUGUAUAACUCUAUGACUCUCAUAGAGAGUUAAGUAGGUUUUGUUUGAUGUAGCUUAUUGGUAAUGCAUGUUGUGUAUCAUAUCAUAUUUGUGUACUGUAACAAGGUUAUAAUAUUGAAUUUUGUUUGGGAAGUGCUGCUAUUUGGAUGGCUUCCUUCGGUUCUCUGGAA